AUGACCCGAUCACUUCAUACGUUUAAAGAACGUCAUGAUCUCGAGCUGGCUUCCUUGCGACGACACAAGGAUGAGGGGAGCGCUCGAUUUCAAGCCGCACUCUUGAGGGCCAAAUCUAAGAGAGCCAAGUACAAGACAGACUGUACGAAGGCUCAGACCACGGUUCGCCACCUGCAUGCUGCUCUUGCCGCUGUAUCAGUGGAGCGCGAUCAACUUCGGGAUGAUCUGGCUGAGUUGGAAGCUGAGUAUGACCGAUCGCGCUCCUUGCUCUCCGAUCGUGACGAUCGGGUGGGUCUGCUUCAAGCUACUAUCUCAGGUUUGGAGCUAGAGCGCGAUCAGGCGUUGCGCGAUUGCGACGUCCUUCGAACGAGCAUUGCCGCGCUCGUUACCGGCCCCAGUUUACCUUUUUCGUCCCGUCCAGUUGAGACGGCCCCAUCUACGAGUGCUAGUGUCAAACGCCCUAGUACUUCCGCUCUAACUCCUCCUCCGCGGACCAAGAGAGCCAGAAUCGAGGCUACCUCGCAGUCGGUCGUCAAGGUGACACCCGAUACUCAUUCUCCGACUGCGUCCGGUAUCGUCGCCGAGCCUUCUCCGCCGUGUAAAUCCCCGAAGAACAACCCUUCACGAUCACCCCACAGUUCCACACGAUCUCAAGCAAAACUUACGCCCAAGACUCCCGUUCUUCCCAGACCUGGCGUUCGAAAAGGCAAAGGCAGAGCGCGCAAUCUGACGCCUGCUCCAGCUAGCUCGGAUGAUGACAAUUCAUCGGAUGCUGGGCCUCGAACCUUGGCUGCACUCUCCCGAUCACGCUCUUCUUCAUGGCGUAAAGUCCCGUUGGGUAAUCCGACGACUCCGUUCUCUACGUUACCAGAGUUGAUCGUAGUGGAUACCUCCAGCCCGGAUGUGGAUUCCCCCACCUCCCUAGUUGCCGCUUCCCUUAGGCCAAAACCCAAGGUUUCCAAGGCCGAUUUGUUUGGCGAAGCUUCUAGCAGUUCGGAGAGUCCGAUCAGCGUUACGGAAGACGUCCGAGCCCCAGCCAAUAAUCGGUUGUCUUUGACCGAGUACAAAGAUCUUUCCAAGUCUAAGGUGCCCCGCGAUCAGUGGAUACCCGGGUAUCAUUGUCGCGUACCAAAAUCUUCUGUUCAAGUUUAA